AUGGAGCACGAGAAACAAGUCCAGGAGAGGAAGUUUCCUGCCUCUCAGGAAUACGAUGCAGACCAGGAACGGGAUAUUGCUAUCCACACCGCGCCUCUCGCCGAAGUGCCAAAGUCGCGAUGGGAGCGAUCGUGGCCAGUCAUCGCUUGCGGCGCUGGGCUGUUCUCUGACGGGUACCUGAAUGGUGUUAUCGGUUCAGUGUCGACAAUGCUUGCCAUCAUCUAUGGGGACGAGUACACCAAAUCCAACUAUAAGAGUGCUGUCCCCAGUAUUGCCUUUGCGGGCACCGUGGUGGGACAUUUGUUCUUUGGGAUUCUGAGCGACCAUUGGUCUCGUCGCAAUACGUUGCUCAUUUCCACCUUCAUCCUCAUCAUCUUUUCAAUCCUCUGCGCAGGCGCAUACGGAGCAGGUGGCAGCACUGGCGGUCUCUUCGCUGCUCUAUCUGCCUAUCGUUUCCUGAUCGGCCUCGGUAUUGGAGGGGAAUACCCUGCCGGGUCGGUUGGUGCAGCCGAAUCGACGGGCGAGCUCAAGAAAGGCCAUCGCAAUCGCUGGUUUAUUCUGGCCACUGACUUUCAGAUCGAUCUGGGUUUCGUCGUCAGCGCAUUCGUCCCCAUGAUUGUGGUGCUUGCGACUGGUGAGAACCAUCUGCGCGCAGCAUGGAGGAUCUGCCUGGCACUGGGGGCGAUUCCACCCCUGAGUCUGCUUUACCUUCGAAUCAAGCUUAAGGAACCGGAACAGUAUAACCGCAACAAGAUGCACAAGUUCCCCGUGUGGCUGAUUGUCAAGUUUUAUUGGUGGAGAUGCACAGUUAUCUCGAUCAUCUGGUUUGUCUAUAACUUUUCGGCCUAUUCCUUUGGCAUUUUUUCGUCCGCCUGGCUGGUCUUUAUCCUCCCCACCAAUGCACCGCUGUGGCAGAAUUUCGGGAUGGCUACAGCGAUCAACAGUUUUUGGAUUCCAGGUUCCUUCUUUGGUGCUUUCCUGGCUGAUUGGAUUGGUCCCAAAUGGUGCUUGAUCUCGGGUGUCUUGUUGCAAGGCAUCGUCGGCUUCGCCAUGACGGGCGCGUAUCCAAGCCUGGACCACCCCUCUCGAGUGGCCGGGUUCAUCAUCCUGACUGGUAUCUUCAUGGCCUUGGGGGAGGUUGGCCCCGGCGACAACAUCGGCCUCUUCGCGUCCAAACUCUCCUCCACCCCGAUCCGUGGACAGUUCUACGGCAUUGCAGCGGCGUGGGGGAAAGUCGGGGCCUUUGUCGGCACGUACGUGUUUCCGCUGUUGAUCGAUGCUGCCGGCAGCGACACGGUCAAGCAGGGGCAAUAUCCCUUUUGGGUCAGCAGCUCUCUGUGCAUCUUCAGCGCGGUGGUGGCGUUUGUGGGAUUGCCGAAUGUUGGCCAGGGCAUGAUCGAGGAGGAGGACGAGAGGUUCAAGCGCUACUUGGAGGAGCACGGAUACGACACGAGCAGUUUGGGAACCAAGAAGUUUAGGGAAGAGACAGUUGGGGCACUGUAG